AUGCUGGAAGCCGAGGGCAGGUUGCGCACCUUCAUCGACCUGGAGAUGAGACUGGCGAACGAACUUUCCAACUUCGGGGACUCUGACAUCGUGGCGAACGAAGAUACUACGUUCGAAAAUUGUGGACGCUCCUGGUGGGUCGACCCGCGGCCUCGACCCCCGGGCUUUCCCCCGGGCCCGCCGGGGUUGCCACCGGGCCGCUCCCCCGGCGUGCGGCCCGGUUUCCCGCUGCGGUCUACCGGACUGACGCCUCCCGGUGGCUCGCCUGGCCGGGGUCUACUACCGCCCGGUGGCUUGCCUAGCCGGGGUCUUCCGCCCGGAGGCCCUCCUGGAAGGGGUCUGCCUCCUGGUGUCUUGCCUGGAAGGGGUCUGCCGCCUGGUCGCUCGUCCCUGCGACCCGGCUUCCCGCCAGGUCCACCGACGGGUCUCACGCCUCCACGUCCGCCGGGCUUCCUUCCGCCGCCCCCGCCGGGGCCUGAGGAAGGAGCGCCGCCCGAGGGUGCCGCGCUGCCGCCGCCGCCGCACAUGAAGAGCAUGCACAUACACAUGCACAUGGAACAUACAAAUGAAGAGCAGGUUGUCCAUGUCCGUCUUGUUCUUGAUGUAUAG